UAAACUCUCAAUAUAGAAUUCGAUUACUGUCCAUCGUGCUGUGUUUCAAGAUGGGAGAUGUGGCUAAGGACCUAUUAUCUGGAACUGUUGGAGGAGUAGCACAGUUGAUGGUCGGGCAUCCUUUCGAUACCAUCAAGGUUAAGCUUCAAAGCCAGUCUAUCCCACACCCUGGGCAACCACCCCAAUUUGCUGGUGCUAUGGAUGCAUUCAAGCAGACUUUAGCUGCUGAAGGUCCAAGGGGUUUGUAUAAGGGUAUGGGUGCUCCACUGGCGACUGUUGCAGCCCUUAACGCUGCCCUGUUUAUGGUGAGAGGGCAGCUGGAGGAUCUGUUGAGAUCAGAGCCUGGUGCCUUACUCACAGUUAGCCAGCAAUUCGUUGCCGGUGCAGGUGCUGGAGGUGCUGUUUCAGUCUUAACUUGCCCCACCGAGUUGCUCAAAUGCAGAUUGCAAGCGCAGAAUGCUUUGGCACAUUCUGGUUCAGCUGGUGCAGCAUUGAAGUAUAGAGGGCCAAUCGAUGUAGUCAGGCAUGUUCUAGCUUCAGAGGGUGGCAUAAGGGGUCUCUUCAAGGGAUUCGUUCCAACCUUGGUUCGUGAUAUUCCGGGAAAUUCCGCUAUCUUCGGUGUUUACGAAGCAGUGAAGCAGUACAUGGCAGGAGGAGCGGACACCAGUAAGCUGGGAAGAGGAUCGUUGAUCAUGGCGGGAGGCAUGGCCGGAGCUUCGUUCUGGAUCUGUGUCUACCCAAUUGAUGUUUGCAAGAGUGUGAUACAGGUAGAUGACUACAAAAACCCAAAGUACAGUGGCUUUGUGAAUGCAUUUCGUAGUAUAUUAGCUUCGGAGGGGGUGAAAGGACUAUUCAAGGGGUUCGGACCUGCCAUGACUCGAAGUAUGCCCGCAAAUGCAGCAUGUUUCUUGGCAUAUGAAGUCACAAGGUCUGCUUUGGGCUAACUCAAGUGUUGUUGCUCUUUUUUUUUCUCUUUUUCGUUGCGCUA